UUCUAAACUCAGGAAAAGUCAAUACAAUCGCACUUCAUUUUUUCUUCAUGUGCACUUGGAAGUCCUGGGAGCAGCCAGAGCAGCGGCAGUAGCAGCAAGAAUGAACUGCAAGGAAGAAGAUGACAACUGCACUGACGGGAGCAGCAAUAACACGAAGAAGAUGUUAAAAUGCGUGGUGGUUGGGGAUGGUGCAGUUGGGAAAACCUGUUUGCUGAUGAGCUAUGCCAAUGAUGCCUUUCCAGAGGAGUAUGUCCCCACUGUGUUUGACCACUAUGCAGUAACUGUGACUGUGGGAGGACAACAACACUUGCUGGGACUUUAUGACACUGCAGGACAGGAGGACUACAACCAGCUGAGACCCCUGUCCUACCCCAACACGGAUGUGUUUUUGAUCUGCUUCUCAGUGGUGAACCCUGCUUCGUACCACAAUGUCCAGGAGGAGUGGGUGCCUGAGCUGAAAGUCUGCAUGCCCAACGUGCCUUACGUCCUCAUAGGAACACAGAUUGAUCUCCGAGAUGAUCCCAAAACUCUGGCUCGGCUGCUUUACAUGAAGGAGAAACCACUCACUUAUGAGCACGGUGUGAAGCUAGCAAAGGAGAUUGGAGCGCAGUGCUAUCUGGAGUGCUCAGCCCUCACACAGAAAGGCCUUAAGACUGUCUUUGAUGAGGCAAUCCUGACCAUUUUCCACCCCAAGAAGAAGAAGAAGCGUUGUGCAAAGUGCUACAGCUGCUGCACCCUUGUGUGAAGUCACUUGGAAAGAAAAACAAGAAGAGUUCCAUUAAAUAAAGCAGGUUAGAAAGGCAAUGAUGGUCACAUGCAACUGAAAUGGGGAACAUGACCAGAAAGGGGUCCUUCUUACCCAAUAUAGGAGCCCUCUGUUCUGUGAAACCUCCAAGCUGUAUCAGACUAGGCCAACUCAUGUCUAUGUGCUUUCCUAACCCUCCAGAGCUGUAUGCAGCCUGUUCCCACUCCUGCAGACUGCACUGAGCCAACAGAAACCAGGAUGCCUGCUCCUGCUUGACUCUUCACCUUAGGAAUAAGGUGAAGGUGGUGUGUGGAAAAACAAAGAAUAAAGGUGGUAAAAGAAACAGGAGAAACUCCUUUUGUGACCUUAAGCAAGAAUUGAUCAAAAUUAGGAAUCUGCAGUACUUAGGAUUGAAUCUGAACUGACUGAAAGCACAUGGAGAUAUGUAAAAAUCUAAUAUGUAAGAUAUACACUAUAGGUAGGAUGUACUUUUAAAUUACUUUUCUUUUAUAGGACUUGCUAGUUCAGACUAUACUUUAGUUUGUUCAAACCACAUGGAAGCAACGGUGGAAUGAUUCCAGUUUGUUUUCACUUAAUGGUGAAACUUCACAGUGUCAGGAUGUUGUUGCACCCAAGCUAUCAAAAUGGAUCAACAUUUACCUCCAGACUUAGGAAUGUUCUUACAACAGAAAAAUGCAAAUAACUAUAUUUUUACAGGGGAAUGUUCAGGCUGAGCCAUGUUUCCAUAAGCUGGGAAAGGAAGAACAGAGUUGUAGCAUUCAUGUACUGAAACACAGAAAUUUUGCCACCAAAGAAUAUUGCCCGAAACGUGAAAUAGCAGUGUGGAACCAUCUCCCGUCCAAACUGAGAACAUGAACAAGACACAUUGCCAUGGCAACUGAAAAUUUACCUUAGAGAUCAGCUGGAUUUCUACAUCUCACCCAGCAGACAAAAAUAGCAAAACCCCAAGUGCCAAAGGUCAUACUGACUUCAAGUGCCUUAAGAUGAUCCAACUGCCUUAAGAUUAUUUUUUUAAUGGAGUAUCUCAUGUAAAAAAACUCAUCAAAGUGGAGUUGUAAACAUGUUGAUUACUUGUAGUCUUCUUCCUCCCACUCAUCCCUUCUUUCUUUGCUCCCGUUUUUCCAUCUUCAUUACUGCGAGUGCUGUUUAAGUUGCAUGGCUGCAGCGCUCAGGAGUGAACUUUCACAUGAGUCGCAGAUGAUGGACUGCAGCCGACAGCACAGAGCUGGGAAGUCCAGACCUUAAGGGAAGGGAAGCUGCCUCUUAGCUCUCUUUGCUGUUGAAGGAAGCGUGCCUUUUCACUAAAGCCUCUCCAGGGACCCUGUACUUUUGCACAUCAUAGCAACACAGACACUUCAGAGGUGAACUCGAAGGGCAUCUUGAUACCUGCAUCUGCCUUCGGGUACCCUGGCAAUGCCACGAGACUACCUUGUUAUGGAUUUCAUUCCCCAAGUAAAAGAUCACAGUCCCAGCAAAUAUAGAUUUCAAGAGCUCUGCUGUAACUCCUUGCAAAGCAGUGUCUGUAGUCAGCGUUUCCAGAAGCGCCAGGAGUAAGCAAGUAACAGCAGUGCACCCUGCCAGCCCAGGGACACACGUUCUGUGCCCCCCUGCACCCCGUUUCAGGGGACUGCCAGCCCACUCCUCUUCAGAAGCACAGUAGCAUGGCUGAGUACACACAUGCAACCAGAAGAACUCUUGUCAUUAGUGGUGAAUUAUAGACCCGGUGUUAUCUGGAGCAAUUAGUGACUUCAGCAGGACUACAGGAACUGCACCCUUGGCCCAGAGAAGGGAAAAAGCAUGAUGCAGUGCCCAAUCCCGCACUCAUCGAGGUUCAUGGAUCCAAGCUCCUCCUUUAAUACAAAAUUAAUCUACCGUGGACACCUACAGAAACCAGCUCUGUCACCCCAAAAGGUUUCCAGGUAGAAAUCAACAGUUCUCUCUGACAAAAGUGAACAAAUUCAAGGCAAACACCAUGUUGCAGUUCCCAGCCAGCUUUCACUCACCGUUUCUUUCCCGCUGCAUACAAGCAUGGAUGAAAACAACGCUGUGCUGAAUCAAAGACAGACAAUAGAAAGAUUUCCUCACUGCUGGUAUUUUUGUGCAUAUUUUAUAUUCAGUUUUAUUAUGUCCCAGACAUUUGCUUCAAAUAGACUGGCCGAUAUAUCAUAGCACAGCUCAGAGCGGACAGUGCUGAAGCCCAGUGAAGGAGUUCAUGUUGUGCCGCAGAGGCUGUGUUGCCGCUCCCAGGCAGAGCUGGGACACUGGCAACCAGCUGAACUAUAAUGUGUAAAGAGAUUCUAGAGAAGUAUGAGGAAAAUGGGGAGUGGAUUAAAUAAAUAAAUAUUUAGGUUAAGUUUGUUGGUUUACAACAUGACUAGAAUUCCAUGAAUAAAAAAAAAA